UUUUUUUUUUUUUAAAAAAAAAGAAGAAAAGAAAAAUCUUUUUUUUAUAUACCAAAAUUAUAAGAAAAACUCAAACAUAAUUAAAGAGAAUUAAUUAAAGAAUUACAAUCAAUAAUAAAUUAAAAAACAUGUCAUCAGAAAAAACUACAACACCAGAUACAACUUCGACGGAUUCAAACACUGUGGAGGAAAUAAAAAACGUCAAUGAUAAUAAAGUUGAGACAAACAAUGAUUUAGAAGCCCAAACAACAGUUGGUGGCGAUAAUAAUGCAACGCCAAGAAAUGGACAACCCCUAGUACAAUUAGGGAGGCUCCAAUUAUUUCUAGUGAUGUUUGGGUUGGCAUUUGGUGUUUUGUUAGCUGCAUUGGAUCAAACUAUCGUUGCGACGGCAUUACCAGCGAUUGCUUCAGACUUUAAAGCAUUGGAUAAAAUUGCAUGGGUUGCCACUGCUUAUUUACUGACAAUGACGGCUUUCCAACCAACUUAUGGAAAAUUUUCCGAUAUUUUCGGCAGAAAAGCAACGUUCUUAUUUGCAGUUAUAACGUUCGAAAUAGGAAGUUUACUAUGCGGUUUAGCUCCAAAUAUGACCACAAUGAUUAUUUUCCGUGCCAUAGCCGGUGUAGGAGGUGGUGGUAUUCUCAGUUUGGUUAUGAUUAUAAUAUCAGAUAUCGUUUCGCUUCAAGAUCGUGGAAAAUAUCAAGGAAUGAUUGGUGGUGUUUAUGGUGUCUCUUCCGUGAUAGGUCCAUUGCUCGGUGGAGCUUUUACAGAUCACGUAACUUGGAGAUGGUCAUUUUAUAUUAACCUUCCGUUGGGAGCAAUAACAGUUAUUGUAGCAAUAUUCUUACUCCGUAUACCACGUCCAAAAGGUUCAUUAUUGCAAAAACUUAAACGAAUAGAUUAUAUCGGAACAAUAGUUGUAGUUGGAUCUACUAUAGCACUUUUAUUACCAUUGAAUUGGGGAGGAAAUGAAUACCCGUGGAGUUCUCCCGUAAUUAUCGUAUUAUUAGUUGUUGGAUUCGUUGGAUAUAUAAUAUUUGGUCUCGUUGAAACCAAAUUAGCAAUCGAACCCGUUGCUCCUCCACAUUUGUUUAAACGAUUGCAUGUCGUUGGAUGCUUUACUACAAAUUUCUUUCAAGGAAUGGCAUUCUUUUCGUUGGUUUAUUACGUUCCACUUUAUUUCCAAGUCGUAAAAGGUGAUUCUGCCACCACAUCAGGUUUAGAGUUAAUUCCAUUAAUUCUUGGUGUAGUAAUUGCCUCAGUAUCUUCAGGACAAGCCGUAUCACGAACCGACAAAUUCGCUUAUCGUACAUUAAGUAUGACAGGAGCAGCAUUGAUCGCAAUUGGAUCAGGAUUGAUAACUUUAUGGGACGAAAAUAGUGGAAGAGCACCUCAAAUUUGUUAUAUGAUUAUUGCCGGCUUAGGAAUAGGGCUUAUAAUGCAGACCACAUUGCUUUGCGGACAAGGAAUUGUCGAAUAUAAAGAUGUUGCAUCUGUUACUGCUCUUUUAAUGUUCUUUAGAUUAAUUGGUGCCGUAUUUGGUGUUGCAAUAGUUGGCACAAUAUUCUCAAAUGUUCUUACUAAUAAUAUUGAGAAUAUUGCAAUUCCACCUGAACUCGCUGGCGCGGUAAAAGCUUCCGCUACUGUAGUUAAUCAAUUACCAAUAGAAAUAAGGGGUCCAGUUAUUUCCGCUUAUGUUGGUGCUUUAAGAACUGCUUUCACAGCAGAUAUACCAAUAGGUAUAUUAUGUUUCCUUGCUUCACUCUUUAUGGGAAAUCAUAAACCUAGUUUAAGAACUACUGAUACAGUAGUCGCUUUUGAGUAAAUAGAAUUGCAUAUUCACAUACAUAAAAACUGUAAUUUAAUAAUUUGUAUAAUACAUUAUUAGAAAAAAAAAACUCUAUAUAAUUUUAUUUAUUUGUAUGUAAUCCUUAAUUGUGUUUAGAUAAAUAAAAAAUUCAUUGAAAAAAAAA